AUGGUUGACGAAGAUACACAAGGAAAGAGGAGAAUCAUCAUAAUCGGCGUAUCAACAUUUUUACUAGUGGCUAUGGUGGUUGCAGUUACCGUUGGCGUAAAUUUUAAAUCUAUCAAUGGUUCUGAUUCUGAAAAUAGCACCGACGAUAAGCCUCGCGUGGCUACAACUGUAAAAGCAGUGAAAGCCUUUUGCAGACCAACCGAUUAUAAAAAAGAAUGCGAGGAGAGUCUAUUAGCAAAUGUCGGUAACACAACAGAUUCAAGAGAACUCAUUAAAUUUGCUUUCAAUAUUACCAUUGGAAAAAUCGGGGAAGGAAUCAAGAAAACCAAUGUAUUGCAAGAGGUUGAGAAGGAACCUAGGGCGAAAAUGGCGCUUGACACAUGCAAGAAAUUAAUGGAUCUAUCAAUUGGCGAAUUCGAUAGGUCUCUUGAGAGAAUAAAAAAAUUUGACCUCGACAAUCUUGAAAGUUUUCUAAUGAGUUUGAAAGUUUGGCUAAGUGGUGCAAUUACAUAUCAAGAAACUUGUUUAGAUGCUUUUGAGAAUACUACUAGCGAUGCUAGCGGGAAAAUGAAGACGAUCUUAACGUCUUCAAUGCACAUGAGUAGCAAUGCACUUGCAAUUAUUUCCGAUUUGUCGGAUAAUCUUUUGAAUUUCAAUUCAAAUUCGAAUUCGACAGGAGACGGACGUCAACUUAUCGAAAAUAAUAAGAGUAAAUAUGUCAGUGAACAAAUUGUUUCACAUGAUGAUGUUAAUGAGGUUCCUUCUUGGGUUGGUGAUGAUUCAAGUGUUGGUGUUCGUAGACUUCUUAAUGUACCUCAAAAUAAACUAAACCCUAGUGCGGUUGUGGCUAAAGAUGGUAGUGGGAAGUUUAAGAGUAUUAAUGAUGCUUUGAAGCAAGUUCCAGAAAAGAACCAAAAACCAUUUGUUAUUUAUAUCAAGGAAGGUGUUUAUCAGGAGUAUGUUCAAAUUACCAAAAAAAUGACUCAUGUUGUGUUUUUUGGUGAAGGUCCCAACAAGACACGAAUUGUUGGAAACAAAAAUUUCAUAGAUGGGAUUAACACUUACAAUACCGCCACUGUUGCUGUCCAAGGAGAUUAUUUUGUGGCCAUCAAUAUGGGAUUUGAGAAUUCAGCAGGACCUCACAAACAUCAAGCAGUAGCCAUAAGGGUUCAAGCGGACAAAACAAUCUUUUACAGAUGUUCCAUGGAUGGAUAUCAAGACACGUUAUAUACUCACGCAUUGCGUCAGUAUUAUCGCGAAUGUACAAUUUCAGGCACCAUUGAUUUUGUCUUUGGUGAUGCAAUAGCUGUUUUCCAAAACUGCACUUUCAUUGUAAGAAAACCAUUACAAAACCAACAAUGCAUUGUAACUGCACAAGGUAGGAAAGAGAUCCAUCAACCAUCUGGAAUAGUUAUUCAAGAUUGCUACAUUCUGCCUGAAAGUCAAAAUGUAACACUCGAACACAAAACAUAUCUCGCGCGUCCAUGGAAGAAUUUCUCAAGGACUGUCUUCAUGAAAACUUACAUUGGUGAUUUGAUUCAACCUGAUGGAUAUAUGCCAUGGCAAGGACCAAAUGGCACUCUAACUGGAAUGAAUACUUGCUUUUAUGCUGAGUAUGAUAAUAUUGGCCCCGGUUCAGAUAAAUCAAAACGCGUAAAAUGGCCCGGAGUUAAGGUUCUUAAUUCAAAAGCUGCAAGUAAUUUUUUACCAUCUAUGUUCUUUCAUGGAGAUGAUUGGAUUAAGGCUACUAGAAUUCCUUACUCUUCUGGUGAGAAACCCCCUAAGCAGUAA